GAGGUGAGGGGAGCGCGUGCUGCAGCAGCCCAGGAAGAGGGGGAGCUGUGGGGCAGGGGGGCACAGGCCGUACCCAAGUCAGGGGGAGCCCCCCUCUGCAUGCUCCCAAGGAUUAGCUCCUAGGUGGGCACAUGGGGCGGGUAAGAGGGCAGCAGGGGAUGGGGCAGGCUCAGUCCCCCUGAAGAUAUAGUGAGGUCCCUCUGUGGUUAUGCAGACAGCACAGCCUAGGGGUGAAUGUGAUGCCUAUGGGAGGGGCAGAAUCUUCUAACUCCCACCCAGCCCUCCCCUGCUACCCAUCCCUUGGGGGGUGGAGGGAGAGUCAGAGCCCUUUGCUCCCUGGCCUGGCUUGUUGCCAUUUCAUUGAACCUGGCGGCUAAAAAUACAAUAUUGGUUGUGCCCUGACAUGCAAAAAAUUCUGGCCACUGACCAGACGGGGCCCUGCCACCUUUUGUAAUUACCCCUGGUCAGGCCACUGGCCGGCUAAGUUGAGGGGGCUUUCAGCCUCCUCACUCCCACCCUGUUGAGCAGCUCCUGUUCUAUCCCUUCCCCAACCUGAGUUGUCUCGUCUUUACGGUUUAUGGCCUAAAUUCUUUCCCCCCAGCCCUGUGUCUGAGCCUCUGGCCUCUUUUCAGGACUCCCUGGUUCUCCUUGGGUUUCCUUUGGGCUUCGAUUGCUUCCUUCUUGGGCUGCAAAAACAACCCCAGAUGAAGGAAAACUGACCCCUGGAAAACAGGAGGCUGGAGCCAUUCUGGGCCAAUAAAUUGUCCCCAGUCCCCUCCCCAAGCUGUCACCCCCACCCCCUAAGGCGCCUGUGUCUCUCUUUCAGGCCCAUGGGGCUGGCUCUGCUUUGGCAGGUAGGGGGGGUUGUGUCUGCGAGACUGAACCUUCCCUCCCCCUGGCUCCAGUCCCCCCCAAGAGGGCCAUGCGAGUGGCAGCCCAGGAGACCCUGGAGAAUGGGGACGUGUCGAGAGCAGGUCCCUUUGGCAUGGAGGGGAUCAGCCCUGGGGAGGGCAAGACUGAAGCCAGCUCUGCUGCCCCAGGAACUCGGGAUGACGGGGCAGGGGCCUCCGCCAAGCAGCCAGAGAAGCUGGGCAUGGGCAAAGUGGAGAUGAUCAUUAGAAACCACCUGGGCCAGGAAGUGGGCAGCAUGGAUGCCAUCAGGCGGACGUCCCCCGAGACGGAGGGGGAAGCUCCCCGGGGAGAGAAUGGGUUGGAGGAGGCUUGGGAUGGAAGGACAGAGCGGGAGCCACAGAGCCCACCUGCCUUUGCGAGUGACGCCCUGGACAGCAGGAUGGAGGAGAGCGUGACAGGAGAAGGGAGCAGAGAGGGGCCGGAGGGGGAAUCCGGGGUGCAGGAGGGGGAGGUGCAGGCCCUGCCAGUUGAGAACUGCUGCCUCGAUUCCCCGAGGCCUGAGCCAGAUGGGGAGCUGGAGGAGCCAAUCGGGGUCGUGGAAGAGGGGGAGAUCUCGGCUGAGCCUGCCAGGGGAGCCACGGAAAUGGAGGAGGCAGAGUCUGCCCAGAGGACUUGGAGCAGGGCAGCAGAACCAGAGAGGCCGCAGGAGCUGGGACCCACUCAGGGGAGAGGCCCUAUGUGGCAGGAGCCUGCUAGGGAACAGGAGCAUCAGGUGUCCCCCGUGGCAGAGCAUCCCCAAGCUGCAGGAGUGGGAGAAACAGCAGAGACAAAGGUCUCUUUGCAGGACCAGAUCCCAGCUCUGCAGGGACAGAUCCCCUCCCCCCAAGAGGCUAAAGCAGCUCUCCGGGACCAGAUCCCAGCUCUGCUGGACCAGAUCCCUUCCUCUCUUCAGGAGGCUAAAACCCCUCUGCAAGACCAGAUCCCAGCUUUGCAGGGACAGAUUCCCUUGCCCCAUGAAGCUAAAGCAGCUCUCUGGGACCAGACCCCUUCCUCUCUGCAGGAGGCUGAAGUAUCUAUGCAAAAUCAGAUCCCAACUGUGCAGGACCAGAUCCCAUUGUCUCUGCUGGAAGUUAAAACAUCUCUUCAGGGCCAGAUCCCCUCACCCCAAGAGGCUAAGGCAGUGCUGCAGGACCAGAUCCAAUCUAUGCAGAACCAGAUCCCUUCCUCUCUGCAGGACCAGAUCCCUUCCCCUCUGCAGGAAGCUAACAUCUCCCUCCAGGACCAGAUCUCAUCAGCUCUCCAGAACCAGAUCCCUUCACCCCACGAAGCUAAAGCAACUCUGCAGGACCAGAUCCCUUCCUCUCUGCAGGAAGCUAACAUCUCCCUCCAGGACCAGAUCUCAUUAGCUCUCCAGAACCAGAUCCCUUCACCCCACGAAGCUAAAGCAGCUCUGCAGGACCAGAUCCCUUCCUCUCUGCAGGAGGCUGAAGUGUCUAUGCAAAACCAGAUCCCAUUGUCUCUCCUGGAAGUUAAAACAUCUCUUCAGGGACAGAUUCCCUCACCACAAGAGGCUAAGGCAGCACUGCAGGACCAGAUCUCAUCCUCUCUGCAGGACCAGAUCCAAUCUAUGCAGGACCAGAUCCCUUCCUCUCUGCAGGAAGCUAACAUUUCCCUCCAGGACCAGACCCCAUCAGCUCUCCAGAACCAGAUCCCUUCACCCCACGAAGCUAAAGCAGCUCUGCAGGACCAGAUCCCUUCACCCCACAAAGCUGAAGAUUCAUUCCACAGCCAGAUCCCCUCCAGCCAAGAGCCAAUCCCUGCAUUUCACGGGGAGGUACCGCUUACCUCACCCCGCAGAGCACCAACCCCGGAGCAGGUGCCUUCCCGACCCAGGCAGAGCAUGGCCCUGAAAGGAGGCAGCGGCACUGGCCUGAUUUCAUCGGCUGCAGAAGAAACCACUGAAAACCUAGGGAAGCUCCACCCAGAGCAGCAGCCUCUGCUUAAGGAAGCCUCUGGGCUCCGGAUGGGCUGGAAGCAGCCACAGGAUCCCGUGGCCAGGAACCUGCAGCCGGGAGCUGGCACCUUGAAGUCGCUGGCAGCCAUGAGCCCAGAGGCCCCGACAUACACCACCGCCUCUGUCAACACCGCCUCUCCAUGCCAGGGCAGGAGCACCACCACCCCCCGGCCGGGAGAUGGGCAGGAGACGGGCAGACGCAAGCAGAAGACGUGCCAGUGCUGCUCUGUCAUGUGAUCCCGGCCCCGCCUGCCGCUGGGAUGGGGCGUCGAGAGCCCCAGCCGGAGACUGGCCGAUCAGAGGGGCCUUGCUCCAGUGCCUGGGGGCCCCUGCGGCCGCAGCUCAGCUCCUUGGUGUUUUAAUUCCCCCGGGGAGGCUGUUCAUUUGUUCUGCCUGAUGUUUUCCUACGGGGGGUGCCUGGAGUAGGCAGUUAGUUUGGGGGGCACCUGUCUCCUGCUGGCAGGACAUGGCUGCUGGGUGCAGCGCUAAUUUCAUGUCUGGUUGGUUCUGUCCCCAGCCCCGCCAUGGAGGGGUCCUUUUCCUUCCAUCCCUGCCACGUCUGCCCCUUUUGGAGCUCUGAGUGCUGAGCAAAGUGGGAGGUCUCCUAUUCCUGGGUGUUCAGGGCCCCAGCUCACACUUCUGCACACGCCUGUAUACACGCAUGCUUCCCCCCCCCCGCAUGAAUGCACAUGCCCCUGCCUGAAUACAGACCUCUGCGUACAAACGUGUACACACGCCCAGUCUCCCGCACACCCCUCAAUAUGCGGGCAAGCUCCUAGGUACAAAUGCAGCUCUAGUAUGACAUGCUCACAAGUACACGUGCACCCCCCAGUACAGAAGUACACACAGACACAAUGCGUACCCCUCUGCACACAGACACUGCACACGCAUCACGGCCCAGACAGGUGCACUCACACUCUCGCACUCACACACGGGCCCGACACAAUCGCACACUGGCAAGUGCCUCGCCAGAUGCCUGCACACACCCAGACGUGUACACACGAGCACGUGAGCUCAGCCUCCAGCUGAGCGGGGCACUGCCCGGCUGCCUGCUCCCCAACAUGUCUUGGCCGAGACACCUUUCCCAGAGUCGUCGCCACGCCAGG